CAAUGUCUGUUUACUAGGGAACUGACCCCUCUGGUUUCGUUGUAGCAUUUUCUUUUCCCAAUAUCUAACAUCUGCUUGCCAAACAGGUAUUAUAGCUCUCUCUAUCGCUUGUUCACCUCCUUUAGGCUGAAAACACGCGUGUCGAGAAUUCAAACAACCGCUGAAAGUAAAUCGGGGAGAAACGGCAUGACAGUUUAGCUUGUUGCUCCACGUAAGAGCUAACUAGCUACCUGCUAACCAGUUAGCUAAGCAGUGUCAACUGUCGAAAUCUGCUCCUGCUUUUAAAACUACUUAAUGUUUGUUUUGCCAUAUCUAGAGUAACACGACGUAAACUUGGUGGACAGCUAAAUAAAUGCACGAGUUUCUAUUUAAAGUGACUACUAUCGUGUGAAGACGGUUAAUCUGCUGACAGGCUGGGAUCUUAGAUGGAGUGAGGUUUGAGCCCCAGUGAGAUGACUGACCAGGGCAACAACAACCACAACAUCUCCUGCAACCCCUUUGCUGCCCUCUUUACCUCAGUGGCUGAUGCCAAACAGUUUGCAUCAAGCCAAAAACCACAACAGCCGUCUGCUCAACCACCAUCGGAGGAUUCGGGGGAAAGCCAGUCUGAGUCGGAGAACUCCGUCUCCGACAGCGUCGAUGAAAACGAUGACUCCGUGGCAGAGAUCAGCCGCUCCUUCCGCUCCCGUCAGGAGCUUUGUGAGCAGCUCAAUGUCAACCACAUGAUCCAGAGAAUAUUUUUAAUCACUCUUGACAACAGUGAUCCCAGUCUAAGAGGAGGUAAUGGGAUCCCUCCUCGAUGUGUUUACCUGGAAGAGAUGGCUGCAGAUCUGGAUGGCCAGGACUGGCUGGACAUGGACAACAUAGAGCAGGCUCUGUUUAACCGCCUGCUGCAACUAGAGCCAGGAAACCAUCUCAUUUACAUGACAUCCUGCAGUGCAGUGAACCUGUCGGCUGACCGAGACGCUGGAGAGAAAUGUGCCAUCCCUUACCUGUUUGGUUGCUACCAGAGGGCCAAGGAGGAGUUGACAAAAGUACCUGAGAAGUUACAUUCAUUUGCUGUUCGCUGCAAGAACCUGACGGUGUCCAAUGCGCGAACCGUUCUGCUCACCCCGGAGAUCUACAUCAACCAGAAUAUCUAUGAGCAGCUUCUUGACCUGUUGCUCGAAGGUUUCAGUGCAGCACGGCCUGAGGAGGUGGUGGAGUUUGUAGGGGAGGUCAUUGCUGCCCUGCUCUCUGACCAAGAGGUGCGUACCUUUGAGGAGGUGAUAGUUCCAGUCUUUGAUAUCUUCCAGGGGCGCAUCAAAGACUUAGACCUUUGCCAGCCUCUGCUCUACUACUACCUGGAUGUUCUCCUCUAUUUUAGCCACCAUAAGGAUAUCGCCAAGGUACUGAUGGAGCACAUACAGCCAAAAGACCCAGCUAAUGGUCUCCAGUACCAGAAAAGCCUGCUGGGGAUGGUUUUGAAUAUAUCCUGCUUGCUGAGAACCCCAGGUGUUGUAGAGGGGCAUGGCUACUUCCUGAACCCUUCUCGCUCCAGUGCCCAGGAGACAAAGGUCCAGGAGGCCAACAUUCACCAGUUUAUGGGUCAAUAUCAUGAGAAACUACACCAGAUCUUGAAAAGCUUGCUGCAGCGGUCCGGCGAAACGCGGCACUUGCUGCUUACGUGGAUGGGCAGCUGUCUGCAGGCUAACGCGGGCCGAGCCAAGAUCUGGGCCAACCAGAUGCCAGAGAUCUUCUUCCAAAUGUACGCCUCAGAUGCAUUUUUCCUCAACCUGGGUGCUGUUCUGCUGAAGCUGUGCCAGCCAUUCUGCAAGCCACGUUCACCGAAACUGCUCACCUUCAACCCCACAUACUGCGCGCUCAAAGAUGUGAGCGAAGAAGAGCGGCGCAAUCGCAACAUCCAUGCAAAAGGUCUUGAGAAGGAGACCUGCCUGAUCCCUUUGCCCCCUCAGCAGCAGGUAGAGUCUGCACAAUCCUACAGCCUGCUGACUGAAAACCUCAUCUUCACACAACUCACCCUGCAUCUCGGCUUUCACAGACUCCAUGAGCAGAUGGUCAAGAUGAACCAGUCUCUCCAUCGGGUCCAGGUGACAUGGCAGGAGGCCCAGCGAACAGGCAACCCGAUGUCAGAGCAGCUCCUGGAGCAGUUUGAGCGUCUGAUGAUUGUGUAUCUGUCAACCAAAGCUGCCACUACACAGCCAGCCAUGCUGCAAUGUUGCCUUAACCUCCAAGCUUCCACUGCUGCUCUGCUUGUUCAGCUCAGUAUGGGAAACCAGGGGUCUGAACAUGUAGCACUCAACUUUCCCCUGGCUUCCCUGCACAAUACCAUGCUCUGCUAUAUACCAGAGUUUUUUGCUGAAAACAUGGGAGACUUCUUCAUCUUCCUGCGACGCUUUGCGGACGAUGUCUUGGAGACUUCUGCAGAAAGUCUGGAGCAGAUCCUUAAUUUCAUAACAGUCUUCAUGGGAAAUGUGGAGAGAAUGAAGAACCCUCAUUUAAGAGCAAAGCUUGCAGAAGUGCUGGAAGCCGUGAUGCCUCACAUGGAGCCACUGGCUCCUGGUGCUGCUCAGCCAAUCGUUUUCCAGAGGGAGAGAGUCUUCUGCUCCUAUGUUCAUGCACCUCAGCUGGCUGAGGCCCUCAUCACUGUGUUUGUUGACAUUGAAUUUACAGGUGAUCCUCAUCAGUUUGAACAGAAAUUCAACUACAGAAGACCGAUGUAUCCGAUUCUGAAGUACAUGUGGAGCAAAGACAGCUAUAGAGAGAGCAUCAAGCAUUUGGCAAACUAUGCAUCCGAGAACCUGGAGGCCAUGAACCCCCCUCUGUUCCUCAGGUUCCUCAACCUGCUCAUGAAUGAUGCCAUCUUCUUGCUGGAUGAAGCCAUUCAGUAUUUGAGUAAAAUCAAGAUUCUGCAGCUGGAGCAUGACAGGGGGGAGUGGGAAAGCCUGGCCCCUGAUGCCCGAAGAGAAAAAGAGUCGAGCCUGCAGAUGUUUGGACAGCUGGGACGCUUCCACAACAUCAUGUCCAACGAGACCAUUGGCACACUGGCCUUCCUCACCUCAGAGAUCAAGGGUAUCUUUGUGCACCCGUUCCUGGCCGAAAGGAUCAUCUCCAUGCUGAACUACUUUUUGCAGCACCUGGUUGGUCCAAAGAUGGGUGCACUUAAAGUCAAGGACUUCAGUGAGUUUGACUUUAAGCCGCAGCAGCUCGUUUCUGACAUCUGCACAAUCUACCUAAACCUGGGUGAUGAGGAAAACUUCUGUGCCACAGUCCCAAAGGACGGACGAUCAUAUUCACCCACACUCUUCUCCCAGACUGUCCGCGUGCUAAAGAAGAUCAACAAGCCUGGUGACAUGAUUGUGGGGUUUGGUCUCCUUGCAGAUAAAAUAAAGUCACAUGCAGAUAGGCAGCAGCAAGAAGAGGAAACAUAUGCAGAUGCUCCAGAUGAAUUCCUGGACCCCAUCAUGUCCACCCUGAUGUUGGAUCCAGUUCUUCUUCCCUCCUCCAAUGUAACUGUAGAUCGUUCCACUAUAGCAAGACAUCUCCUCAGCGACCAAACAGACCCUUUCAACCGCAGUCCUCUCACCAUGGACCAGAUCAAGCCAAACGAGGAGCUCAAACAGCAGAUCUUACAGUGGUUGGAACAGCACAGACUGGACAAGCAGCAGCAGGGACCCAGUGGCUAGUCCCAGACCUCUGGCAGUGAAAAGCAGUGACUCUUCUCCCAGCGUUGUUUUGCUCCUUUGCUUCAGUGGCAAAUCCAUAGUAUGCUUACCUCUGUGGAUUUCUUCUUACUUCUCUGCUCUAGCUAACUACUGCAUUAGCCGUCUCAUCCAGUCUUCAUGCUUAAUGGAUCCUGUCUGUGACAACAGUCCAUGCAAACUUCACUUUCAAAUCAAUGAACAGUAGCUGGGUUCCUCACAUGGUGCCCUGUUGGGUUAACACUUACAGUACAGUGCAGCUUCUGCUUAUUAUGCAGUUACCACAGUGGGAUUUAGAGCCAGUAUUUUAGGCAAGUCAUGGGUUAAAAUAUGGAUGAAGGUGUUUCAAACUGAAUUUAUCCUUGUGAAGAUUACGUUUAAAGUUUAAAGUUCACCAAGACUAAACCUUAAUUAGCGGGCUCAUUGUAAAUAAAAUUGGCUACAUAAAGAGAAACCAAACAUAAUUUAUAAUAUAUUCAACAGUAAUUGAGUUUUACUUUGAGGUAUUAAAAACCUUAAACAUUGUAUUUGUAUUUUAACUUUUUUAAGUGGGGUUUGAAGUAUAUCGAUCAGUGUGACUCUGAUUUCCUGAAACUGGAAGGAGUCCUCUUGGGACAGUCAAGCUAACAGCAACUAAGAAUGUGUCCAAAAUAAGAACAAAUAUUGCUGUAUAACAAACUGAAACAUCCUUUUGAGCAGAUUUUAGCUCAUUCGUCAUUAGGAUUCUUCUCUGAUUCUUCAUAAAGGGUUUGGUUUCUGUUUGUUAAGUCACUUUCAACUCAUAAGUACUCCACAAAACCAGCCUAAAAAAAUCAAACUUUUCCCUUUAAUAUUUCCCUGUUUAGAAAGAAGUGUGUUCUUCGUUAAGUGGAAGGAUUUAAACUGUUUUCACACCAAACAUAGAAAGCAAAAAAUGGAAAUCCACAUAAAAAUGCCUGAAUUCAGUGUAAGUAGUGGAUUUAUAGAUUCUUUAUUAUGCAGAUUGUACAUGUUUACAGCAGUUACAAAUGCAACCAGAUGGCACUGUUACAGGGGCAAAAAAUAUCAAAUCCUUGGAGAGAGUUGCUGAAACUGUCUAAAAUUAAAAAUACUUUGUUUUGCAGAACGUUUGCAAGCUUUUCAACACAACCUGUUUCAGACACCUUGCAGUGGUAAUGGGACACUCCUUAAGUGGUCUUGGCCCAAACAGACAAGAAAAUGCAAUCAAAACUGGCUUUUAAUGUCAUUAUUGUAACAGAAUCCAUCUAUCUGUGCUUUCUGCUCAGAUUUGUUUAACUGGCCGGAUACUGGUUUGAGUUAAUUCCCCUCACAAACACAUUUAUUAGGACUAAAAAGCAAGAAAACAGCUUUGUUACCUUGGAGAUUAUUGCUCCUUUUCAUUCUGUAAAACAAAACUCACCAGAUAAUAACUGGUGUAUCUUGAUCCCUUUUCCUUUUGGUUUAAAUGUAGUGAAUUGACAUGUAGGCAAGCAGUUGGUCGGUAGAAUUGGUGCCUAAAACCCAGAGCCUUGCUGUAAAGGAGUUUCAUACCUUUAACACACACAUCCUAAUUUGUUUCUGUGAAUAUAAGCAGCUUUGUAGAAGAUUGUUGUAAAAGAAGAGAAGAUUUUAUCUUGUUGAGUUCGAGUGUAUUCGAAUUAAAGACAUUUAACUCAAAUAGGAGGUGAUAAAAUGUGAGAAGAUUUGUUGGCAUGCUCUGAUUUUAUUUACCACCCUAAUGAUCUCAUGGUUUAAAUUACAAUGCAAUAUUUUUGUUUUAAUGGUGAUCUAAUUUUUUUUAUUUUGGAUGUACAGAAUGAAUAAGAAAUAAACCUAUGUAAAUUAUAAAA